CAUCUUCCAGCGCCAUCUCGGCCUGCUGUCCCUUUCGCUGCUUCCACUCGCACGCUCUCCCGUCAUGCCCGUCGCCAACGGCGGCAGCAGUGCCGGCGGCAGCGAUGCGGCGCACGCCGCCGCGCCAGCCGGCUCCUCGUCUGGCGCACCGGCAUACCGACAGCUGCAGUUCUACGAGCCCGCUCGCAUCCGCGAUGCCGCCGACCUGGCGCGCCCGCCCGCUGCGCUGCGCCAGCCCAACCUCAUCGCUGCGCUCUGUCGUGCGCCCGUCUGCCCGCCGCUGCCGCCCGCGCCAGUGCCUGCAGCUGAGGCUUCAGGCUCGGGUGCGCCCGAGGCCCAGCCGAACGCCGCACCGCCCACCGCCGCAGUGCUGCUGGCCGACAUCUCGGGCGACGUGCAUGUGCUCCAUCCGGCCACGUACGCCCCGCUGGCGCGCUGGAGCGCCUACGCACACGGGCGCGUGACGCACCUCAGUGCCGAUGCGCGUGGGCGUGUCGUCACGCUCGGCGAGGAGGACGGCGUGCGCUUCCCGGUGCUGCGGAUCUGGGACCUGCGGGUGCUGCAGAGCGGUCCCGAGUGGGCGCCGCGUCUGUUGUGCGAAGGAAAGGUUCAGCAUGGCAGCAGACCGCAUCCGGUCGCGGCGCUCGCGCACACACCCUCGCUCUCGUACCUCUCGCUGGCGCUGGCCGACGGCUCGGUGCUGCUCCUGCGCUCGCUCGACGCCGUGCUCCAGACGGCCACGACAGCGGCACCCGGCGGUGCGCAAGCGCCCGUCGCGCCACUGCCCAAGUUCAAGGUCGUCUACCAGCCCUCGAGCGGCUCGUCGGCGGGCGGCACUGAGCCCGUGACUGCGCUCGGCUUCUCCGAGACUCUGCCGGCUGCCGCUCCCGCCGAGGCCCCACGGCGUCCGCGCGAAGCCUCCUCGCGGCGUCGGCCAGCCCGUGCAGCUCCGCCAUCGGCGUCUGCCGCUCCACCAACAGCUGCCAUUGCAGUGCAGCUCUUCAUCGUCACGCUCACGCGUACACUGCGCUACAACGUCCUUGGCAGCGGCGCUGGCAGUCCCGCCGCUGUCAUCGACGACGUCGGCUGCGCGCUGGGCUGCGGCGCCGUCGUGCCUGGCGCGUCCGCUGCGGCAUCGGAGCUGGCUGGCAAGAUGGUCGUCGCGCGCGAGGAGGCGAUCUAUGUCGUUGGCCCUGACGGGCGAGAGGUCUGCCUGGCCUAUGAGGGCCCCAAGUCGUCAAUACACCUCAACAACACGCAGCUGGUCAUCGUCUCGCCUCCCAUGGCGGCCUCGGCCGCCUCGGCAUCAGCAACGGUGCGCAACCACGUCAAUGCACGGGAUCGGCAGGGUCACAACUCUCCGCUCGGCGUGUCGCCAGCGGGCCGACCGCCGCCGCUCAACGGUGCUGCCGGCCGGCGAGGCAGUGCGGCGCCGAGCGAGGUCGCCAAGGUCACCGUCUUUGACCUGGACAACAAGCUCGUUGCGUACAGCGGCACGUUUGAGGGCGGCGUGAGGCUCGCCUGGACGGGCGAGAACGGCGAGGUGCUCGUGCUCGGCGACGAUGGCACUCUCACGCGGCUGGAGGAGAAGGCGCUGCGCGCCAAGCUCGACCUGCUGUUCCGCAAGUCGCUCUUCCUCGUCGCCGUCAGCGUGGCGCGCUCGCACGCGGCCCGCAGCGCCGCGUCGGCGCCGAAUGGCGAGGCGCCGCCGAUCGAUGCGCUGCUCGGCGACAUCUUCCGGCGCUACGGCGACCACCUGUACACCAAGGGCGACUUUGACGGCGCCAUGGCGCAGUUCGUCAAGACGAUUGGCGUCACGCAGCCGUCGUAUGUCAUCCGCAAGUUCCUCGACGCUCAGCGCAUCAACAACCUCACGACGUACCUGCAGGAGCUGCACGCGCGCGGCCUGGCGAACUCGGACCACACGACGCUCCUGCUGAACUGCUUCACCAAGCUCAAGGACGUAGCAUCGCUCGAUCGCUUCAUCAAGCGUCCCAUGCCCGGCAGCGCAGGCGGCCACGAGCAUGGGCCGCACGAGGUGGAUGCCGACGGCGAGACGCCGCGCGAGGAGCUGCCGUUCGACCUCGCCACGGCGAUCCGCGUGUGUCGGCAGGCGGGCUACCACGGCCACGCGGCAUACCUGGCCAAGCGCUACCACGAGCACGACGAGUACAUGCGUAUCCAGCUCGAGGACGCACAUGACUUUGAGGACGCGCUAGGCUAUGUGCGCAGCCUGCGUGCGGCCGAUGCAGAGCUGUACCUGCAGCGCUACGGCAAGCUGCUCCUCGCCGAGCUGCCGGACGCCACGACGGACUUGCUCAUCGAGCUCUGCUCUGGUCUCUUUAGCCCCAAGCCCAUUGCCGUCGGCGCGGGCAUCGCAGCAGCGCAAGAGCGCUCGGUCGCUGCGGCGUACCUCUCCUAUCUGCAGGUCGGGCACUAUGGCAAGCCAGCAAAUGCCUCGGCGCAGCAAGAGGCCACAGGCGGCGCCGGGACCAGUGCGUCGACGCCAAGCAUGCCCGCGCACACGUCGGAGAGAACCUCGCUGGCCAUUGAGCCGUACCACCUCGACGGCGUGGCGGAGAGCAACGGCGCUCAGGCGCCAGCCGACGCGUACCACACGCCGUCGCCGCGCACGUUCUUUGCGCACUUCAUCCGGCAUCCGGCGCACUUUGUGCGCUUCCUCGAGACGGUCGCCCUGGCGCGCUGGGGGCAGAGGGUGGACAUGGACACGCACGCUGCGUCACACGAGCCGCUCUCGGCCGGCGCACUGGCGCCGCUGGCUGCCACGGCGGGCAGCGAUGACGAGGUCGAGCGUGCGCUGCGCGAGCUGGGCAUGGAGCCGAGCGACGACGUCUUUGUCGAUGAGGACCACAAGGACCAGUGCGCCAUCUGGAACACGCUGCUCGAGCUGUACCUCGCCUCUGCGCGCGACAGCAACGCCGACCCCGACGCGCCGGCCGCAUUGCUGCUGCACGUCGAGCACGGCCUUGACGGCGCUCAGCGAGGCGAGCGGCGCGAGCGUGCGCUGCACCUGCUCGAGCAGCACGAGCAGCUGCCGUACGACAUUACGCAGGCCCUGGUGCUGUGCUCCAUGGAGAGCUUCACCGAGGGUCUCGUGCUGCUGUACGAGCGCAUGGGCAUGUACGAGGAUGUGCUGCGCUUCUGGAUGGACGCCAGCACGGCCGCAGGCGCCCGCGACGAGGCCAGCGCCAAGGUCAUGGCUGCGCUCUGGCGCUAUGGCCCGUCGAGUCCGCAGCUGUACCCCAUGGUGCUGCGCUACCUCGUCUCGUCGGAGGCGAUCCUGGAGCGCCACCACGCCGAUGUCGCAAAGGUGCUCAAGCACAUCGAGGAUGAGGGCCUCAUGGGCCCGCUCGAGGUCGUCCAGGCGCUCGGCCGCACUGGCGUCGCGAGCGUGGGCAUCGUGCGCGAGCAUCUGACGCGCGCAGUUCUGCAGGAGCGCGAAGAGAUCGAAGCCGACCGCCGGCUCAUCGACUCGUACCGCGGCGAGACGGCCAAGAAGCUGGCCGAGGUGGCCGAGCUGAGCGACGCCGAUGCGCCGCGCGUCUUCCAGCUGACGCGCUGCAGCGCCUGUGGCGGCCAGCUCGACCUGCCGAGCGUGCACUUUAUGUGCAAGCACAGCUACCACCAGCGCUGUCUGGGCGACAACGAGGCCGAGUGCCCCAGCUGUGCGCGCUCGCAUGGCGUGGUGCGCGAGAUUCGCAGGAACAACGAGGCGCUUGCGGAUCGGCAUGAGCUCUUCAUGCAAGAGGUCGAGGAGGCCGACGACGGCUUCGAUGCGGUGGCACGCAUGUUCUCCAAGGGCAUGUUUCAGGCUGGCCCAGCGCAGUGAUGUCGGGGGGGGGGGGGCGUAGCAAUCACCGAUGCGCUGGACAGCUAUACUCCUCUGGCUUCCAUAGGGGCGCGAAUUGCGCAUCACCGGGCCUUCUGUGGCCGGGCAGAAUGAGCACGGCGCCUCUCGAGAGCUCCGGCAGGUGCCUUCUGUAGCCAGGAGAUAGGAGCUGGAGCACCGCGACUAUGCUGUCUGGCUUGUGCACGUCGCAUCGCACGUCGCAGUUGCUGCUCACCGCGACUCGACUCGCUUGACGGUACGCCGGGCGGCGCGUGGCGCCUCGCUUUCACACCAGCGCGCCGCCGCAUGAGGGCGCCAAGGCUGCGUGCCAGCGUGUCGCUUCCCACGCCCGACGCUGCAGCAACGGGCACGGCUCACGCCGGCUCAGCCAGCAGCGAGUCGAGAUACGGGUUGAGGCCAUGCCUUGAGCUCAGCUGCUCGAGGGUGCGCAGAGCUGUGAGGCGCUGAGAUCGGCCCAGCGGGAAGUCGUCGGCGG